AUGCCAUCUGUGGCGAAAGCUUUGACUACGCUUGCUGCAGCUACCCGUGCUCUCCACCCUGUGCUUCAUGGCUAUGGCCACUCAGGGUCGCAUCCCUACGAAGGAGGAAUUGGAGUCAGCUCCAAGCACUGGGACGCCGGCAAGCCGCUCGACGACUUCGACUACAAGUUCCAAGCCUCAGCGGAAGUCCCGAAAGGACAGAACCCCGACUCCAGAGAAGUACGACCUGACCAGAACCACUGGUCCUCCAGCCGACGAUCCAAGGAGCUGCGGAUUUCCUACACCCCAGCCUUCGGGGCAACAGCACUGCACCGACAAGCAGGUCCACUACCUGCGGAUGUCACCACGACCAUCGAGCAGCUCGAGCCCCAGAAGAUCAAGGAGGAUCCCAUGUACCGCGAGCAGCUCAAUGCCAAGUCGGUGGGCUACAAAGGGGCCGAGGAUUCGUUGCAUCGCCGCUUGAAGGAGAUCGAAGAGUCCAAGAAGAAGAAUCCACCGCGGCAACGACCAGGUGCAGCGAAGGACACCGAGAUGCCAUCGGUCCAUGCCUCUUCGGCUCAAAAGGGAGCUCAGGUGACACCAGAGCAGAAGAAGUCCACCAAGAGGGAGAACGACCAGACUCCAGAGCACGAGGAAUGGUCCUUGGUGAAGGAGCCGGAUUCGCCCGAGCAGGACGAUGAGAAGUACCAGAAUGGUCGAUGUGGCUUCUUGACUGAUAGUCAGCGGACGCAGCUAUGCCUCUGUGCGGAGGAGUUCCUGGAAGAAGCUCAUUCGGCAUGGCAAGACAUCCUUCCUCCCGAAGAUGGCAUUGACCUCAUGGAGAUCUGCUGCCCCCCGGACUCGAGAUUGACUCAGACCUUCCUGGACCGUGGACGCAAGGCUAUAAGAGUUGGUUUGCCAGCUCACAACAUCGCCACCUCCAAGGGAGUUCAAGAGAUCAAGAACAUGAUCACUCGUUGGAAGCCAAAGCUGACAUGGUUUUCUUUGCCCUGCGGACCUUUCUCUCCCAUCCAGGAGCUCUUCAACGAGAAAGAUGACUUGGCCAAGGCCAAAAGCAUGGAGAGAAAGCAGAAGGCGAAGAAGAUGAUCAAGAAUGGUCUUGAUAUCGCCACUCAUCAACUUCAACAAGGCCGUGAUGUGGCUUGGGAGUGGCCCUCGAACAAUCGAGGAUGGAAUCUUCAGCUGGUUCGCCAAUUUUGGAGCCGGCUUGAACAGACAGGUGAUCUUCAUUGUGGACACGCCAACGGAUGCGCCUUUGGCUUGCGGGAAGAGAAGUCAGGUCUUCCCAUCCGAAAGCCCUGGCUGAUCAAAACGACCUCCAAAGUGGUGGCUCGAGCAGUUUCACGAACAUGUCCUGGCACAGCAGUUCAUCCACAUCAUCAUGAAUGCAUUGGAGGUUCAGUGGCUCGCAACUCAGGCUUCUACCCUUCGGCUUUGUGCGAUGUGAUCUUCAAGGCCAUCAAAGAGAUGAAUAUGGCUGAAGCCAAUGGUGUGAUCCCAGCCUGCGCCUAUCCCGUCUUUGGCACAGGUGACAUGGAGCUAGAGAAACCCAAGAAGACCUAUGAGCCCCUGAAUGAGAAGGAGAAGCGUGGUGUCCUCCAGAUGCUUGAACGUUUGCACAAAAAGACAGGUCACCCAUCCAAUGCUGCUUUGAGCUCAUGCCUACGACAUCGAGGUGCUCACCCAGAGGUCAUCCAGCUUGCAAGCAAGCACAUGUGCCCUGAAUGUCAGGAACUACGCUCACAACCAGCUCGAGAAGAUCGAGGGCUAUUCACCAUUUCAGUGGGCAUUUGGCAGACAGCCGACUGUCAGUUGGUCCAGAAAGUGGUGCACCUACAACGCCGCGACCUCGGAGAAGCUCUUCAGAACAUGCCCGAGCUGUUUGAGCAGCCACUGUUCAAGAAGCAGAGGAUGAAGCUGGCAGCUGAGACCGACGAUGAGCUGCUGGCACAUGGCUUCUUUUCCUCAAAGGGCGAGCUUCGCCUUGGUGAUUUGGCUUGCGAGAUCGAGCUUUCUUUGCCUGUGAAAGCCAGCGAAUGGCGAUCUAUGAAGAGGGACGCCCAGACCUUCUUUGUGAAGAAAGUGAAAGGAGCAGAAGUUCGAUGGCACGAACUCUCACCAGAGAAAAAGGCUCUCUUCAAGACAGCCAAAGAUGCAGAGGUAUCCCAAUGGCUCGCUGCUCAGGCCGUUCGAAAGGCCAUUGGACCAGUGCCCAAGGACCGUUUGGUUCGCAUGCGGUGGGUGUUGACGUACAAAGACACCGGAGCCGCAAAGGGCCGCAUCGUUCUCAUCGGGUAUGAGGACCCGGACCUGGAGGACAUCCAGCAGGAAACACUGGGAUAUGUCUGCUCACAUGUGGACGAUUUCUUGGUGUCCGGCGACGAAGCCAAUGAAGAAUGGGUGGCCAAGAUUACAUCUUUUUACAGCCGAUUCAAAUGGUCGCCCUGGGAGUUUUCCAGCUUCACACAUUGUGGCCUGCAGAUCAUGGAGCAAGAGGAUUUCAGCUUUGUUUUGAGUCACUCCAAAUUCAUCGAGGGCAUUGAACCCAUCGAGUUCGAGGCCCGACAAGAUCACGAUCCUGUGAAAGCAGAGGAGUUGACACAGCUGCGUGGUGUGUUGGGGGCCCUGCAGUGGAGAAUCAACCAGAGUUCACCAUUGCUUGCUGCCCGACUUGGACAGCUACAAAGCGAGAUCAGCAGUGCAACAGUUGGUACAUUGAGAGCCACGAACAAGUUGCUGCGUGAAGCAUUCCACGGUCGCCAUGUGUCAGUGCGUGUGAACCAGUUGCACGUUGGCGAUCCUUUGGAUGUUUGUUUCCUAGGUUGGUCGGAUGCGGCAUUGGCCAACCGGAAGGACCUUAGCAGCACUGGAGGCUAUGUCAUCGCCGCAGCGUCACCCAAGAUGUUGCAAGGCACCAGGAGCCCACUGUCACUGGUGUCAUGGCGAUCGGCUCGCUUGCAGCGAAAGGCUCGUUCGUCUUUGAGCGCAGAGACCCAAGCCCUGGCGGAAUGUGAUCAGGAGCUGAUGUUCACUAGGCUGGCUUGGGCAGAGUUUUGUGGCAUCCAAGUCGAUUUGAAGCAGCCUUCAUUGGCUGUAUGCCGCAUUUGUGGAGCGGUGAUCGUAGAUGCCAAAGCUUUGUAUGAUGUGCUCAUCAAGCGAGAUCUCAACUCCAGCGGUGCAGGUCUGAAAGACAAAUACACCGCUUUGGAAGUGUUGUGCCUCCUUGAAUCCAUUGAGCGGAAUUCAACGAUUGUGCGGUGGGUGCACAGCGAGUCACAGAUCGCUGAUGCGCUCACAAAGCCACUGCCUCCUGGAAUUUUAGAGAAGGUCAUGGUUGAGGGAUCAUGGACCCUUCGCUAUGAUCCAAGCUUCACGAGUUCGAAACGACUCAAGAAGGCCGGACGAGAGAAUCCUGUGGUCGCCCAGCCAACCGUCUUUGAUCAAGAGUUUUGGGGCAUUUCGGAAAACGUUCUUGACAGGUUAAGCCUCCGCCAGGGUGGCAUCACCUCCCUGCUUGGGCCGGUGGAUCACCGCCUCGAUUUGUAUGCGGAGGAGUCAGGCUUCAUGGCAGAUUGGCAGAAGUUGUCCCUCUGGCGCUUGGGCGAGGUCACGGGACUCUACGUCUUCAUCGUGUCUUGUCGCCUGAUUGCCAGCUUUGUGACGGAUAAUGUGAGCUAUGGCAAGGCCAUCGCAGGUGGAGCACUAGAUAUUCUGCCUGGCCUCUCCUUCUCUUUGAUGAUCUUGCGUCUAGUCAUGGUUUGCUUCUGCCAGCUGCAUAUUUGCUGCGGCUUGGAACUUGCCAUAGAUAGCUUUGGCUUGCGCCUCUUCCGUGACAUGGACAUGGAGAGAGCCAUAGAAGAAUGGAAUCUGGUUCAGGCCACACUACGGCAGUGCAGUGGAAAGAUCAGCAGUUCAAUCACGAUCAUGGGAAUUUGCUGCUUCGCAUGCUUGAUGUUCUUGGCAGAACAGCUGCUGAACAAUCCUGAGUUGCUGCAGAGUUUGCUGCAAACCUCCUUGUGGAUGGGUUGGCUCUACCCUCCAAUCCUGCUCUUCGGCUAUACCAUGUUGAGAGCGGCGGCCGUGACGGAGAAAGCGAGCCGGGUGGCUCCACUCGUCAACUCUUGGAAAUUUCAGAACAAGAAGGGCGAGUACAUCUCGCUAAUGGAUCAUGAUCGUCAAUACGUUGUACAAUACAUUAUUCAAAGUGAAGCUGGCUUCUACAUGAAGGGUGUGCGUUUGACGGCAGGGUCGGUGCAAAAGAUGUGUUACUACUUUGCCGCUUUCACCUUCAGUCUUUUCGCUCAGUUCUUGAACGGAGCCAGUGGCCGUUUGUAG